AUGGUGGGUCUGAAGCCCCCCGAGGUGCCCCCGACAGCCGCCGUGAAGUUCUUCAGCGCGGGGACGGCCGGCUGCAUCGCCGACCUCGUCACCUUCCCCCUGGACACCGCCAAGGUGCGGCUGCAGAUCCAGGGCGAGGUGCGGAUCCCCCGCGGCGCCGGCACCGUGCAGUACCGGGGCGUUUUGGGGACGCUGAGCACCAUGGUGAGGACGGAGGGACCCCGCAGCCUGUACAGCGGGCUGGCGGCCGGCCUGCAGCGCCAGAUGAGCUUCGCCUCCAUCCGCAUCGGGCUCUACGACUCCGUCAAGCAGCUCUACACCCCCAAGGGUGCCGAGAGCGCAGGGCUGGGGGCGCGGGUGCUGGCGGGCUGCACCACGGGCGCGGUGGCGGUGACGUGCGCCCAACCCACCGACGUGGUCAAGUUUCGGUUCCAGGCCAACGGGGCGCUGCCGGCGGGCGCCCGGCGGUACAGCGGGACGGUGGACGCCUACUGCACCAUCGCCAGGGAGGAGGGCGUCCGCGGGCUGUGGCGAGGUAGGGACGGAGUAUCUCCUUUAUCUCCCAAGUGUACUGUAUGUUUAACUAAGCUAUCACUGUCAGAUUACUUGAGAAGUCACGCUCAGCUCUGCCCUGCAGACACCCCCCCCUGCCAUUUCGUGGCCGCCUUCGGCGCCGGCUUCUGCGCCACGCUGGUGGCGUCGCCGGUGGACGUGGUGAAGACGCGGUACAUGAACGCCGGCCCCGGGCAGUACCGCAACGUGCUCAGCUGCCUCCUCGCCCUGCUGAUGCAGGACGGCCUCGCCGGCUUCUACAAGGGGUGA